CUAAGCAUCAGUUUUAGUUUCAGUUUUAGCUUUUUCCAAAUUAUAUUUCACAUUUUUUUCCACCAAAAUUCUAUUUUGGAAUAAUAAUCAAAAUUCCUGUAAGAUGUCCAAAGCCAAAGAGGAUACCAAGAAGAUCAUGACUUGCGACUUUGAAAUCAAGGGAAAAAUCCCUAAGGAGGCGUUCGAGAUGUUCGCUGCGGCCCAGGCCAAGAUCCUGGGAUUGCGCGGCUACAUCACCCAGGUCUCUGAGGAGUGCUUCAAGGGUCAACUGCAGGGUGAGGGCCGUGUCAUCGAGGCCUUCAAGCAACUAGUCCUUUCGGCCGCCGAAUACGUGGCUGCCGUCAAGGAGUUCGUCAUCAAGAACCUCAAGGCCAUCGAUGACUACACCUACAAGACCUUCGAAGUGAAGGAAAAGUAGGAUAUAUUGAAGCUUGGCAAUCACCAAGAAAAGCUUGGAAAUAUGUUGCAGAGACUUCGAGUAACCAUCCAGGAAUCAUCUCAUGGGGCGCUGCUCUGACAUUCGGUGGAAGUUUUAGCCAUUGCACCAUACCAUUCUACAAUAAGUACACACUAUGCAAUACCCUGACAUUUCGAAGCUCGUGAAACCUGCCCCCUGGUUAUGCUGUGACAAUAAGUUAUAUUUUUUUUUAUUUACAACACUUUAUACACGAUCUGAGUUAUCCUUGGACGAUCUACGAAUAUCUUAGGAGCCGCUGCUCCAGCAAUUAGUUCGAGUUAUCACUAAUCUGAAUACCAGUUAAAACGAUGUUCAAUAUACGAUCUGGAAAUAUCAGACCUGCCCUCUGGUUAUGCUGCAACCAUUAGUUUGUGUUCCAUUUUCUUAACAAUUAAAACACUUUAUAUACGA